AUGAUACUUCGAAUAAUAUCACUCCUUUUUGGGCUCUUUUUGCUCUCAACAUGUCAGGAGACGCCAAGAGCUGCGGCUGAUCGGAUUCGAUGGCUUCCCGGAUCAACUUUUGUCGAAGAUUUCACUCAAUACUCCGGCUUUUUGAGCGCAAAUGAUACGCUGAAUGGAGUGACGGCUCAGUUUCAUUAUUGGCUUGUCAUGGCCAAACAAUCUGUGCAAAACGCGCCAUUGAUCGUCUGGCUGAAUGGAGGACCCGGAUGUUCAUCAUUGAGUGGACUCUUUGUCGAGAAUGGUCCAUUCCGACCGAGUCAAGAUGGAAAGCAGCUGAAUGAGAAUGUUUAUGCAUGGAAUCGGUUUUCCAAUGUUUUAUACUUGGAAUCACCGGCUGGAGUUGGCUUCAAUCCACAAACGAGUACGACGUGGGAUGAUGCAAAGGUUGCUCAAGCCAACUACUUUGCGCUCAAUGAUUUCUUCACCGUUUAUCCAGAUGCCGGCAAAAAUGGUGUUUUCCUGUCCGGUGAAGGCUAUGCAUCGGUCUACGUAACAACGCUCGGAAAUGUCAUUGCUGACAAUAUUUCGGCUGGAAAGAAUACAAUCAAUUUACAAGGAAUUCUGAUUGGAAACGGAUUGUUAUCCAUUCGAAAGCACUACAAUGCGAUGAUUGAGUUCUCGUACGCAAAGGGGAUGAAUUUUAAAGAAGAUUUCGACAACCUCACUGCAACAUGUUGUGGAAAUGAUUCCUCUCCGAUGAACUGCGAUUACUACUCGUACGACUUUCAGAACUCGGACUGUGGGAAAAUGGCCUACGCUUUUUACACAAAACUCCAGAAACCAGAAGUUGAUCCCUACAAUAUCUACCAAGAGUGUUAUCAAUUGGCCAAGAAUCAAGCAUCGGCUAACGAGUUUUAUGGACUAGAGUUGGCUGCCAACUACAACUCCUCUGAUCCAUUUGAUGGCUUUCCCUGUUUUGCCGAAGACGCGAUCACAAAUUAUCUCCAACGAGCCGAUGUGCAGAGUGAAAUCCAUGUAUUGGCUGAUCAACAAAAGCCUAUUCAAUGGCGAUCUUGCUCAACACUCACCAAUUACGGACAACAACAAAGCGGAGACAUCAGCAUUGCAUUGGGAAGACUCGUCAAUUCGCUCAUUUGGAGGCAAAAUAAUUUGAGGCUUUUGCUCUACAACGGUGACUUGGAUUUGUCAUCGAAUCACGUCGGCGCGCAGUGGUUCGUCGAGGCACUCAACCAGCAGGCAUUAACUAAUGGAGGAGAUUGGCGCUUUUCACUCAACGAUUCGCUGUAUGUCGGCUCGACCGGUGGCUAUUAUAAAAGUUUCGAUCGUCAGAUCACCUUUGCGACUAUUAAAGGUGCCGGCCAUUUCGUACCUCUCUCUCGACCCGCCCAAAUUCUGCAACUCGUUCGCAACUUCGUCACCAACUCCACAAUCGCG